AUGGCCCAAGUUCGAGAAGCUUCCUCGCCCUCCGCCUCUUCGGUCCGCUGGAGCUCGGGAGGUAGGGGAGGAGCCUCCCCCGCGGAGGCGGCGGCGAAGGCAGGGGAGAUGGAGGAGGAGGAGGCGGCGGCGGCGAGGGCGAUGAAGGCGAGCGCGGGCCAGGAGGCUGCGGAGGGGAAGCCGCAGCCAUUACAGGAGCGCAAGCCCGCGCCCGAGACCUUGCCCUGGAGGAGCGGCGGCCGCGGCGAGGAGAAGGUGCUCCCCUCCGCCCCCCCGCGCUGGCUCGGCGGCUCCGCGCCCCUGUGCCCGCGCCGCAAGCCCCGCCCUCGGCCCCAGCCCUGGGCGCGCGCCCGCUGUCCGCCCGCGCUCUCGCUCCCGCCCCCGCCCCUGGUGCAUCCCUCCCCGGUGCCACCCCGGCCCCGGGCCUGGCGCAGACCCAGCCGCAGGGCCCGCCCCGCGGCAUCCAGGCCGCCGAUGAGGCAGAGCGGCCCCGGGGACUCAGGCAGCUCCGGGGACCGCAGCGGCUUUGGGGACUGGCUGCUGGAGGUGGAGCUCGAUCAGGGUCCCACCGGCUGCUCUCACGUGGAGAGCUUUAAGGUAGCCAAGAACUGGCAGAAGAACCUGCGGCUGAUCUACCAGCGGUUCGUGUGGAGCGGGACCCCCGAGACUCGGAAGCGGAAGGCCAAGUCGUGCAUCUGUCACGUCUGCAGCACCCACAUGAACAGACUGCACUCGUGUCUCUCCUGUGUGUUCUUUGGCUGCUUCACGGAGAAGCACAUCCAUAAGCAUGCAGAGACGAAAGAGCACAACUUAGCGGUGGACCUCUACCACGGGGUCGUGUACUGCUUUCUGUGCAAGGACUAUGUGUACGACAAAGACAUAGAGCAGAUCGCCAAAGAGACAAAAGAGAAGCUUGCGAAGUUAGCUUCCACCUCCGCAGAUGCUGCUCAGCAGCAGGGGCUGGAGUCGGGUGCCGAGGAGAAGCGGUCCAGCUGUGACUCAAAGGAACAGGAGCCCAAGUUGGUGAAACCCAAGAAAAAGAGGAGGAAAAAGUCUGUCUACACGGUAGGCCUGCGAGGGCUCAUCAAUCUCGGGAAUACCUGCUUUAUGAACUGCAUCGUGCAGGCCCUCACCCACAUCCCGCUGCUGAAAGAUUUCUUUCUCUCUGACAAGCACAAGUGCAUCAUGACGAGCCCCAGCUUAUGUCUCGUCUGCGAGAUGUCUUCGCUGUUUCACGCAAUGUACUCUGGGAGCCGGACCCCUCACAUUCCCUACAAGUUACUGCACCUGAUAUGGAUUCAUGCCGAACACUUAGCAGGGUACCGGCAGCAGGAUGCCCACGAGUUCCUUAUCGCGAUAUUAGAUGUGCUGCACAGACACAGCAAAGAUGAUGGUGUUGGGCCGGAGGCCAAUACCUUCAACUGCUGUAACUGCAUCAUAGACCAAAUCUUUACCGGUGGCCUGCAGUCUGAUGUCACCUGCCAAACUUGCCAUAGCGUCUCUACCACGAUAGACCCGUGCUGGGACAUCAGUUUGGACUUGCCUAGCUCUUAUGCCACAUUCAAUUCUCAGAGUCCAGAGAGGGCUGACGGCACAGUGGGUAGGAAUGACCACAUACCAGGCGUCCCGUCACUCACAGACUGCCUGCAGUGGUUCACCAGGCCAGAGCACUUGGGAAGCGGUGCCAAAAUCAAAUGUAGCCAUUGCCAAAGCUACCAGGAAUCGACCAAACAGCUCACGAUGAAGAAAUUGCCCAUCGUGGCCUGUUUUCAUCUAAAGCGGUUUGAACAUCUCGGCAAGCAGAGACGAAAGAUUAACACUUUUAUCUCCUUUCCCUUGGAGCUGGACAUGACCCCGUUUUUGGCCUCCACGAAAGAGAGCAGAAUGAAAGAUGGCCAACCACCACCAGAAUGUGCACCCAACGAGAAUAAGUAUUCCUUGUUCGCAGUGAUUAAUCACCAUGGAACUCUGGAAAGUGGACACUACACCAGCUUCAUCCGGCAACAAAAGGACCAGUGGUUCAGCUGUGACGAUGCUGUCAUCACCAAGGCUACCAUUGAGGACUUACUCUACAGCGAAGGAUAUUUGCUGUUCUAUCACAAAAAGGGUCUCGAGAAAGACUAG